AGCGCCUCUUGUUCUUGCCUCUUCAAGUGCCUACAAGAGGUUCAGUGAACUGCUGCCAAAGGAGGAGAGGGAGAAUGCCUGCUCUGCGCGGGUUCCCAAGCGCCAGAUCCUGACGUUGCCUGAGCUGCGGGCAAACCCUUUCCAGCACCGGAUCUGCCGGGUGUUCUCCACCUCAGAUGAUGGGGACGACAGCAUGUCCUUUGAAGACUUCCUUGAUAUGCUGAGUGUCUUCAGUGACUCUGCUACCUCGGACAUCAAAUCCCACUACGCCUUCCGCAUCUUUGACUUUGAUGACGAUGGGACUCUAGACAGAAAGGACCUGGAGAAACUGGUGAACUGUCUGACGGGGCAAGGUGAGGAGUCCCGGCUGAGCAACAUGGAGAUGGAGCAGCUCAUCCAAAAUAUCCUGGAGGAGUCUGACAUUGACAAGGACGGAACUAUCAACCUCUCUGAGUUCCAGCACGUUGUCUCCCGCUCCCCAGACUUUGCCAGCUCCUUCAAGAUUGUCCUGUGA